AUGAGCUACUACGGCAACUACUACGGCAACUACUAUGGGGGCCUGGGCUGUGGCUACGGCUGCUACCGAGGCCUGGGCUGCAGCUACGGCCUUGGGGGCCUGGGCUGGGGCUACGGUGGGUGCGGAUACAGCUGCUACCGGCCCUGCUGCUAUGGGAGGUUCUGGUCCUCUGGCUACUACUGA